GAGAAGGAGCGCUACAUCGCUCCCACGGUGCUGGUGGACUUGCAGCCCUCUGAUCCUAUCAUGCAGGAGGAGACCUUCGGCCCCAUCUUGGCCAUUGUCACCGUGGCCAACGUGGACGAAGCCAUUGACUAUAUCAAUCGCCGUGAGCGGCCGCUGGUCGUCUACGCCUUCUCCUCCGAUGACAAGGUGGUGAACCAGGUCCUGGAGCGGACAAGCAGCGGUGGCUUCUGCGGCAACGACACCCUGAUGCACUUCGCCCUGAUCUCGCUGCCCUUCGGGGGCAUCGGGAGCAGCGGCCUGGGGACGUACCACGGCAAGUUCACCUUCGACACCUUCACCCACCGCCGCGGCUGCCUGCACCCUCCUCUGAGGGGUCCCCCCCGAUGUCUCCUGUCCCCAAUCCUGGGGGCCACGGGCAAUGAAAGAUGUUUCCCCGCAAGCGCCGGCCUCCUGCCUGCGUCCCUUCGACCUCCUGCCUGCCCCUGCCUGCUCACCCGCUGCCUCCAAGGCAACCGACCAAUCGGCACACGGGAUGGAACCGCUGGCCAAUAG